ACACUGCCUGUUUCUUCUCUCUGUUGUUCUUCUUCCCUGCGAUUUGUUCUCUCUUCAUAUGAUCCCAGGUUCCCCUGUUUCUUCAAACAUUAAAGUUCACAAAUUUAUACAUAUUUGAAUCGUCUUGUGCAAAAACAUAGGAUAUUAGGACGGAUACAAUAACAUAGGAAGGAAGAAAGCGGGAAAAAGUUAGAGAAAAUGCCAUCCCAUAUCUUGCCCGUGACGAAUCCGGGGCAGUCCUCAGCCAUGGGGCCACCAUCUUCUUCAUCUGUAGCCUCAACAAUGCCGCUCAAAGAUGAGAUUCAGGAUGACCCAUCAACGAGUAUCAUCAUUUCUUCCCAAUUUGAAGAUGAAACCGUCCUGACCAUACGCCCUCUUCUCACUAGAGCUUCUAGUUACAACAACACAAUCUCUAGCGACACGAAUAUUGACCAUAGCAAUCAGCAGAGGGGGCGUCGGAUCGCCAGCGAUAGCUCACUUCCUUUUCUGGUUGAUGACAGUCCCCAGGGUUCUUUUAGCCAGGAUGUGGAGCAUGCGGCUGCCGAGACUUUCUUGGUGACUGGGUUGAGCUUGAAGCUAUUAAAAUAUCUUGGGAUAGGCUACAGAUGGGUCAUGCGAUUUCUUGCUCUUGGUUGUUAUGCAUUGCUACUCAUGCCUGGUUUUAUUCAAGUAGGAUAUUACUACUUUUUCUCCCAUCAAGUCCGCAGAAGUAUAAUUUAUGGUGAUCAACGAAGAAAUAGGCUAGAUCUGUAUUUACCCAAGAAUCUUGAUGAGCCAAAGCCAGUAGUUGCAUUUGUAACUGGUGGAGCCUGGAUUAUUGGUUAUAAAGCGUGGGGUUCACUUUUAGGACAACAAUUAUCAGAGAGGGACAUUAUAGUGGCAUGCAUAGAUUACAGAAACUUUCCUCAGGGCACCAUAAAUGACAUGGUGAGGGAUGCUUCUCAGGGUAUCUCAUUUGUAUGCAGAAAUGCAGCUGAAUACGGAGGAGAUCCUAACAGGAUUUAUCUUAUGGGACAAUCAGCUGGUGCACAUAUUGCUGCUUGUACACUUGUGGAGCAGGCAAUCAAGGAGGCUGGUGAAGGAGAGAACAUUUCUUGGAGCGUCUCUCAGAUACAGGCUUAUUUUGGUUUGUCUGGAGGGUACAAUCUUCUCAACCUUGUAGAUCACUUCAAUGACCGGGGUUUGUACCGUAAAAUUUUUUUGAGCAUAAUGGAAGGGGAAGAAUCCCUGCAACGAUUUUCUCCUGAAGUAAUGGUACAGGAUCCAAACAUUAAAAAUGCUGUUUCUCUCCUUCCUCCUAUUUUUCUUUUCCAUGGAACUGCAGAUUAUUCCAUUCCAUCAGAUGCCAGGUUUGAAUCUCCUAUUUGAUGAUGGGACAUGCAUGUUUAAUUUAGAGCCGCUAAAUGGUGAAGCUAUAGUUGUCAUUUACUUCAACUGGAACCAUCCUACGUCUGAGAAAUAUCAGUUUCUCAUAUAAUUAACGAUGUCAUGUUCAAUUGCUUAUGUUAUGGCGCAGCUUGUUUAGACCAGAGUUCAUCCUGAUGUUGGAUCAUGGGUUAUAAUUGUUUAACAUGUUUUGCAUGCAGUAAAUGUUUUGCAGAGACUCUUAGAAGGCUUGGAGUGAAAUCAGAAGUGAUGUUAUACGAAGGAAGGACUCACACAGAUUUGUUUCUACAGGUAAUUAAUGAACCACACAGAACAAAUUCUAUAUUUCUCUCUCAAGACAGUUUUUACCGCAAAGCAAUGCCCAAUAUGUUGUUUGCUUGGAAAACACGUUAUUAUUACUUAGGAUCCCAUGAGAGGUGGCAGAGACGAGAUGUUUGAAGACAUAGUUGCCAUCAUACAUGCUGGUGAUGAUAUUGAGCGAGCCAAAGAUGCUAUGGCUCCUAGAAGAAGACGCCUUGUUCCUGAAUUCAUGUUGAAGCUGGCUAGCGCUAUCAGUCCUUUUUAGGCUUUAUAUGUAUAUAUAGCCGUCCAACUAUCGACCUAUAUCUUUAUUUCCUUGUUUAUUUAUUUAUUUUUUUUUUAUGAAAAAUGGAAAUUGUAUUAAAAUAUAUAUAAACAAAAUGGAGAUUACAAACAAAAUUCUAUAUAGGGGAGUGUAUAGUGAAAGCAGAAAUAUAUCCUACAAGACUUA